GUUUCAGUCUCACACGAUGGCAGAGACCGCGCCAGCAGCCGCCGCUCCUCCUCCCGCCGAAGCGGCCGCCAAGUCCAAGAGGCAGCCGAAGAAAUCCGCCGCUGCAGGGGGCGCCAAGAAAAGCAAGAAGCCGUCCGGUCCCAGCGUGUCCGAGCUCCUCGUCACAGCCGUGUCCGCCUCCAAGGAGCGCAGCGGGGUGUCUCUGGCCGCCCUGAAGAAGGCUCUGGCUGCAGGAGGAUGCGAUGUGGAGAAGAAUAAUAGCCGCAUCAAGGUGGCCAUCAGGGCUCUGGUCACCAAGGGGACCCUCACCCAGGUGAAGGGCAGCGGCGCCUCCGGCUCCUUCAAGCUCAACAAGAAGCAGCAGGAGACCAAGGACAAGGCGGCCAAGAAGAAGCCGGCGACGGCCAAGAAACCUGCAGCUACUGCGGCCAAGAAACCCGCUAAAUCCCCGAAGAAGCCCAAGAAGGCUCCGGCCAAGAGCCCGAAAAAGACCAAGAAACCAGCCGCGGCCAAGAAAGCAGCCAAGAGCCCCAAGAAGCCGAAGGCUGCCCCCAAGCCCAAGAAGCUGGCCAAGAGUCCGGCUAAGAAGGCGGCCAAACCCAAGGCUGCCAAGAGUCCGGCUAAGAAAGCGGCGAAAGCCAAGAAGAGCGCGGCCAAGAAGUAACCGGCGCCGCCCGCACCUCUCCCCCAAAGGCUCUUCUCAGAGCCACCACCUCCUCCUCAGACGAGC